AUGCGUCUGCUGAAUGUGCGGACGUAUCAGCUUGAGGAAUUCUUUGAAUCCUCGCGACCAGAAUACGCUAUUCUGUCUCACACGUGGGGCGAAAAUGAAACCACCUACCAAGAUCUCCGAGACGGCCGCAAAGAGGGAAAAGGUUGGGAUAAAAUCGAAGCAUUCUGUCAGAAAUCUAAAAGAGCAGGCUAUAAGUAUGGAUGGGUGGACACCUGCUGCAUUGACAAGUCAAGCAGUGCUGAGUUGUCGGAAGCCAUCAACUCCAUGUAUCAGUGGUACAAGGAUUCUGAAAUCUGCUACGUUUAUAUGUCAGACGUGCCGCCAAACAAUAAUCACUUUGAUGAAAGCUCGGCAUUUCGCAGGAGUCGAUGGUUCCAACGAGGCUGGACGCUUCAAGAAUUUCUAGCUCCAGACGCAAUCAUCUUCUUUGAUGACUCCUGGCAUUACUGCUUCGAACUGAUAUUAUCACGCCCAAGAGGUAUUCCAGAAAACCACGCACACGAAAGUUUGGUCACAUUGCUGUCUGAGAUAACCGGAGUCAACGAAUACGUUGUGCGAACAGGGGAUUUCGAGUCUACGAUCAUUGCCCAACGGCUUUCCUGGGCAUCUCAUAGGGUGACAACAAGGAUAGAGGACAUGGCCUACAGUCUUCUAGGCAUACUUGAUAUCAAUAUGCCCCUUCUCUAUGGAGAAGGAAAAGCUGCCUUUCAGCGUCUCCAGGAGGAGGUCCUAAAAACCAAGCUGGACCAGAGUUAUCUAAGCUGGGGACUCAAUAUGACAUGGGAUCAAAUGCCAGACGGUGACUUGCAUCUGGCAGAAUCGCCUGCAUUCUUCCAAAAUUGCCAGAACCUGGGGCGAUCCUGGAUCUUUGAUGAUGGCUUGACCGAAAUGAGAUUCCAAUCUGUCACAAAUCAGGGCCUACUUAUCGAACUCCCCAUAAUGGAAAUCAAUAAGAGGCAUAAUGUUGUACUGGCACUGCUUCAAUAUGGACCUGUCAAGCACCGAGACUAUGGAAGUAAUUUUUGUACUGCAAUUCCGUUAUUCCACUUCCCAGGGCACUCUUAUUUUCGAAGACUUGAUGGCAGCACACCGUUUUUUGCCCCUUACAAACUACUUCGAAGGGCCCGAAACAGGCAAAUUUGCCUUUUGAAUUACAAGAACAUGACUUUCGGACUUGAAACGCCUCAACCCAUCAUUUCCAAGGCAAAAUGGAUUCCUUCGCGGUGGAUUCAUGGACAUAUCUGGAUUACUGUCACCAGACUCUUGGGAACCGGGUACCGCAUGACAGCAUACUACCCAUCUCAUGACACCCCAAGGACAUCAACUAUCACAACAUUAGGACUUCCGUAUGGAAUUGACUGCUUCUUCCUAGAAUUUACCAAUGGACGAUCCAGAGUCGGAGCCUGUUUCCAUGGAACCUUACGAUCACAGAGCGAUUUGCGGAUGCGGUUCUUCAGGAUCCACCGUGGCUCAGCGCUGAAGAUAGCUCUCUCCAUUCAGCGGUCGUGGAAUCUUCACGGGGGCAAGAAAAAGUGGUUUGACAAGGAGCUUGAAGUGGAAGAGUUAUGCAACGACUCUGCAUGCCCCGAUACCAGCCAUCCGCAUUUGAUAUACGAGACCCGAGUCACUUCCAUGGGCACUGAUAUCUAUUUGAAACAGAUUCUAGAUGACGGGACAUCGUGA